AUGGACUGGCCGGAUCGAGGUGUACCUGAGGCUGACCUGGCACCUAUUGCUCUCCUUGCAAAGCUGAAAGAGAACACCGCACCCAUUAUCGUUCAUUGUUCCGCCGGUAUUGGACGAACAGGAUCCAUAGUUCUCAUUGAACAUGCCAUGGAACUUCUUCACCAACCAGCACCUUUAGUUGAGAUCAAAGAUUAUCUUGUGGAGUUACGGAAGCAGCGGAACAAUAGCAUUCAGACCGAGCACCAGUACCUAUAUAUCCAUCAAGUUCUACUGCUGUACCUGAAGAAAACGAAGUAUUUGGAUGAUAGUGUCACACCUUACUUAGACGCUUUCACAAAAGAUUACGUUUCUGCUACAAGAGGCUUCUAA